GGUGCUCGUAUAUUGUUUGUAUCACAAACGUGAAAUGACAUACGAAACUAGAAUUAAUGCAAUAAACCAGGCGUGGCCUUAAAAAUAAAAGGUUUCAUGUGAUAAAAACAUCAUUCAAGUGUACAAUUUACAUACCGCAAUCGUAUAUACACAAAUUAUAAUCUUUGCUAAGUUACCUUUCAUCGAAAAUUGCUUGAGAAAACUGGGCGUCAACCGCAGUGCUUAGAAAUUUAAAUAUCAGAAACAGAAUUGUUGAUAAUGUACGGAAGAAAAACACCGUCAACAUAUCGUUCUACACCCUCCGUAUAUUCACAUUAUACAGGAAAGUCAUCAACGAACUUGAGAUCUUCAAAGUCAAUAAAAUCUCUUCGGGUGCCCUGGUACCAGAAGCCGAUACUCCAUGAUGCUUUCGUCCUGGACUUACAGAGGGGCUCUUUGUUGACUGGCUUCAUAUCUGUUUUCAUAGCCUUGUUCACUUUCGGCCAGAGUAUCUUCGACCUAUACUGUCUCGGCAUGGCAGCGCCGGGGUCUGUACACUACGGCUAUUACGUCAUAAAUUUUCAAUUUGUCUACGUUGGCAGUGCAUCGGUGCGCAAUGUACUUAUCAUAUUCUCCCUGUUCUCCUGGGUUGGUUCCGUGGCUGUGCUGGUCACCAGUAUUCUGUUGAUUAUAGCCCUGAGGAAGGAGUACGAGAAGAAAAUAGUUCCGUGGCUCUACACGUUCAGUGUGUUCCUUAGCUUCAGAGCAAUCGCGUUCAUCUUCGCUUCGAUUGUCAACGACAUGAUAUUCGCGUACAACAUCCUCAUGAGCCUGGUGUGGAUCGUGUUCACUGUGGUGGGAGCCUACGGGUGGCUGUUGGUCUACAGCCUGUACUUGGAACUGGCGGAUUUGACCAAACUUGAGGAUCUGGCACAUUUGAGGAUGGGAACCAUGGCUUCGUUGAACGCGUCGCUAGCUGGCUCCCGCCCCACCACCCCCCACUCGACUGUCUCCACGAUGCCGGCCUCCCAGAUCUGAUGCGAGUCCAAGACUGCCUUCCAGGACGCAUCUGAGAUCACACCGCUGAACAUGCCAUGCGAAAAUGAAGGUAGUCUUGAAACGCCCGUGUAAUUGACGGUAGCCGUAAAACUCCUGUGUCCAGUUAUUUUAAACAUAAAACACAAACUAUACUAAGGCCAACGAGACAAGAUAAAGAAUGUAAACAAACGGACCGUUACUGAGUUAUAUUCUCAUAAAUAGUUUGCGCGAGAGACACUUCCAAAGUGGUAAAAUGCGUCCCCCCCCCCCCCCCCGUAACUUCCUAAAAUAAGAGAAUGAUAAAACUAAGAAAAUAUAUGAUGUACAUUACCAUUCAAACUUCCACCGAAAAUUGGUUUUCCAGCGAAAUAGAAGGUAGUACUAAAACUUUUGUUUAAAUGUUACAUACAUUUUGUACAGAUUUUGAGUAACACUAUACGGCUUUGAAAUGAUUAAUUAUACAAAUGAAAGUUGUAACCAAAAUUUAUGAACGAUUCGGGACUCAAACCCGCGACCUCUUGGGUUCCGUACUUUCCCCGAUUGAAAAGUAGCACUCUAGUACGGAUUAUGCCGAUCGCCCGCAUAUGGAGGUUCGUUUGCGUACGCAGCUGUACGGAGGCGUUCGUAUCCAAUAUAUUUUCUAAGAUAUGAGACCUAUCUAGAUAGCUAGACUCCCAGUCGCCUAUUAAAAGGUCGUCAAAAAUGUUCGAGCGGCGUUGUAUAUAAGUAUACUUAUACAUACGUCUUAUACAAAUAACAUUAAAACAUUCAUUCGAAUCAAUACCUUUUUUAUGCAGUAAUGUUCAAAGUCUACUGUAUACGCUCAUAAGAAUGGUGUUUCGUCGGCGAUGUAUUUUGUUUUAGCAGUUGAAACAUAAUAAUUUAGCAAAAUAUUUAAAAACGUCAAACUAGUUACAUAAUUUCGUAUAACCCCUUUAAACUUACCUGAAAUACGACACUACAUCCUUUUUAGUUUUUAUAUGCUGGACUAUUUGGCAGUUUUUCACUGAACACUGUGAUUGCGUGGUGUUGUAUUUAAAGCGCGGUAGAAACAUAACUGAACGCAAACUCUGCCUCAUAGACGUGUAGGCAAAGUUUUGCUUCAGACAAUUUUAGAGCGUGAUUGUGAGUCUAGUUAUUUAUUGUACAUCAAUGAGUUACAUCGAUUUUUUUAAUCGUCAGUCAGCCGCUGACGACCGAUUACUGAUUGCGUUUCGUGUCAGCCUGCCGCCAGAGCGCGUUCGUCGCGAAAGGAUGUGUACAUCAUACCAUACUUUGAGCUAUGUUUGUUUUUAUAAACCGUCGAGCAAUGUAACUCGACCCCUAAGCGAUUUUUUGCAUUAGAGAGGGGGUAAAUAUUUCCCUCUCUAAAAAGAUACUUAUGUACUUAUAUACUCACCCUGAUAUAAAUACAUGUAUAAUACCUUGGUGUGAAGGAUGGGUUAGAAACUCGGUGUGUCAGUGCCUUAAUUUUAUAAACUGAAAUUAAUUCCGUCCAAUUAGAGUUAGUAAUAUUACGUGAUGUAUUAUAAUUUAAGUCUUAAUUACUAAGUUUUACGGUUUAAAUUAACACGCAUAGAAAUUGAAAUGUGAUUUUUUUAAUAGAUUUUUUGCAUUAUAGCCAUGUUUUUGUCAUUUUUGUUCUAUUAUUAAUGCAACGUUCGGGCAGAUAAAGCUACAUCUGGUUAUUUGUAUACAUAUUACACGUAUACACAUACGGCCUUACAAAUAAACUUGGUAUAAAGUUAUACGUGAGAAUAAAGUAAGAAUAAGCAAAAUGUUUACAAAUACACAAUUUGCUUAUGAUUGGUUUAUAUCGGAAAAUUUCAGAACUAUCAUUGUAUUGAUAGUGUUGUCAGCGAUAUAGUCAACAUUUACCAUAUUCUUAGUUUAUUCUCAGUUAUAAAUUUAUAUCAAGUUUAUUUGUAAGGCCGAUAGAUAUAAGUAGAGGUCCGAAUAAGAAGCUACCCUCACCCUGAUCUGUUGUCAACGGUUAUGAUAUAAACGGUUUCCACUUAACUAAUAUUUUAUACACUAAAGCCAUAUUGACAAGUCAAUCAGUCAAUAAAAAUAAUGCCUUUGAUCCUACUUUUUUUAAUUUAUAUAAUCUACACCUUCUCGGAAAGUUAUUAAUUUCGUAUUCAUAUUUAAAAAUAAAUUAUUUGUCUCGACAAAAAUUAUUUUCAAAUAUGGAAAUGAAAAUCACAGUAUUACAUCAAUUAAUUACAAUAUAUUAAACUUUAAUUACUUACAUCAAUUUACAAUGGAGAAUUUUCCAGUUUUAAUAUAAAUUAAAGUCCAGAUAAAAUAUAAAAAAACAAACACGUGAAAGAAUCGAUACAAUACUAUGCUUAAAGCAUGUAUGUUUGGCGAGAAAGUGUGAUUUCAAUACUCGGGUGUGUUGAAACCCUCGGCUUCGUCUCGUGCAUACAAAUUACACUCUCGCUGAAAUAGCUAACGUUCUCCCCAGGAGAACACCAGAAAUGACAAUACACAAUUACUUAUUAAAUUAAAUUUGUAACCAAAAUUUAUGAACAACGACCCUUAAGGACAUUUAAGGAGUCGAACCCGCGACCUCUCGGGGUCCGUCCGAGAGCUCUUCCACUCCGGACCCUGAAAGGUCGCGGGUUCGAGUCCCGAAUCGUUCAUAAAUUUUGGUUACAAAUUUAAUUUAAUUAAUCUCAGAAGUAAGGGAUAACACUUUAAAACAACAUUUUUUUUACAAUUACUUAUAUUUGAUUAUAUACACAUUAAAUAUAUUAUUAAAUUAAAUAUUAUUUUUAAUUAGUUUUAGUUUUCUAUGCCCUUAUUUGUUACUAUAUACCGUCCGUCGUUCAAUUUUAUAAAUAUUGUAGAUAUUAUAGUGCAUUUAAGUGUAGCAUAGUGAUGCUAAUAAAUUUUUAUACUUUAUUUUUGUAUUAUUUCCACUAAAUGUAAUUUUUAACGUUUUAUAAUGAAAUAUUUAAGUUUAUUGUAAGACUUGACUUAUCUUUAACAACGGCGCUUUUUUCUGCAGUGAAGCAAAAAUGUGUAAACAUUAUUGUUUCAUAAAAAUAUGGUUACAAAGUAACAACGUACAAAUAAACUUAUUAUUUAAUAGCCUGAGGGCGGUUGCUCCAUUCCCAAACUGUGGUGUAAUAAAGAAAGUUAUGUUAUCGUAACCUUUAUCACAAAAUCGUUUUUUUUUGACAGUUCUUUGAAUUUCGUAAUACAUUUGUUUUGAACAUUUUCUGGUAGCUUUUUGUAAUUGCAUAUACAUCGCCCCACAAAAGACCUACUAACCCGACUUAGCCGAGUAGUAGGCAUUAUAAGUUUAUGUUUGUUCCUGGUGUAAACAUUAUGGUUAUGGACAAUUUCUAGCAAAUUCACUUAUGUGCCUAUAAUUAAUUAAAUGUCCUAACAACUCUUGAAUAUACUUAAUAACACAGGCGUAGAAAAAUGUGCAAUGUUCACGAGGAAACCUCUAACAAGUUAGACACUUUCUAUUGGUUAAUAUAUUUCGAGCAGCUAUUUUGAAACUAUGUAUUUUUGUUGCGUAUAUCCGUCCAAAAAAUUGUCUUAUGUUAUAAAUAUUAGUAUACACUAAAAUAAAUUUUAUACUUAUA